CUUUGAAAACAAAAGGCACCUGAUUCCCCAGAUGCUACAGUAGACACUGGGACUUCCUUCGGGCUGAAUGCCAGGGAUAGGCCAGCAUCAAAAACUCCCUGUGCUGUCCUCCCGGGCAGUGAAGAAAAUAAAGAGCAAGGUGGCCAGGGUGUUCCAGCGUCCUGCGAGCUGGGAUGUGAGGGUUGGGGCCCUGGCAGCUGGUGCAAAGGCCCUGUGGUCAGGGUUGAGUGGAUGGUGCCAGAGUCAUCGAGGGCUGCGAGGACGCUGCAGUUUCUCUGCAGCCCUUUCUGCCUACAUAGGCCCCUUCACAUUCUGCUGCCCCUUGGGCAAGGUCCAGCUCCUCCCCUACCCUCCCCAGGUUAAUGGGCAGCAGCUCUGCUCUCUGGGCUGUGACAGUCUCUCCCUUUCGGCACCUCGCCUUGGAGAAUCCCCAGGGACCGGGCUGGUCCCAGGCCCUGUCUGUGCAAAGGCCGAGGGGCCGGGGGAGAGUUCCUUCCUGAAGAGCAGGGAGGCCCCCAAGGCUUCGUGGGAGACAUGGUGGCGGUGGUGCAGGGUCCUGACGGCGGACACCGCGGCCCAGCAGGAGAGGCUCCAGGCCAUCGCGGAGCGGAGGAAGCGGCAGGCAGAGAUUGAGAGCAAACGGCGGCAGCUGGAGGACGACAGGAGGCAGCUACAGCACCUGAAGUCCAAGGCCCUGCGGGAACGCUGGCUGCUGGAGGGGACGCCGUCGUCGGCCUCAGAGGGGGACGAGGACCUGCGGAGGCAGAUGCAGGAGGAUGAGCAGCGAGCCCGGCUCCUGGAGGAGUCCAUCUCCAGGCUGGAGAAGGAGAUCGAUGCCCUGGAGAACGGGGAGGACAACGCAGCCACCCCCAGCCCCGCCCGCGCCCCUGUCCCCGCCCCCAGCACCCCUGCCCGGGAGGAGCCCAAGACCGAGGUGGUGCUGAACUCACAGCCGACCGCGGCGGGCACACCCAAAGCAGAGCAGCGCGUCUGUAACAGUCCGGUGUGCUCGGUGGACGGCGCCACCAUGAUGAAGGCAGCCAUGUAUUCGGUCGAGAUCACGGUGGAGAAGGACAAGGUGACUGGGGAGACCAGGGUGCUGUCCAGCACCACGCUGCUCCCCCGGGAGCCGCACCCCCAGGGCAUCAAGGUCUACGAGGACGAGACCAAAGUGGUCCACGCCGUGGAUGGCACCCUGGAGAACGGGAUCCAGCCCCUGAGCUCCUCCGAGGUGGACGAACUCAUCCACAAGGCCGACGAGGUCACCCUGAGUGAGGCGGGGUCCACGGCGGGGGCAGCGGCAGAGACCCGGGGGUCCACGGUGGCGGCCACAGAGGAGGCCGUGCGGACCACGCCGCUGCGGCGGGAGAUCACGGGGGUCCAGGCAGAGCCCGGUGAGGCCACCUCGGGACCAGCCGGCGCCCAGCCCGGCCAGGAGUCUCCGGUCACCAUGAUCUUCAUGGGCUACCAGAACGUGGAGGACGAGGCCGAGACCAAGAAGGUGCUGGGGCUCCAAGACACCAUCACGGCCGAGCUGGUGGUCAUCGAGGACGCGGCCGAGGCCAAGGAGGCCGCGCCGCCCAACGGCAGCGCCCCGGAGGCUCCGGCCGGCACCCCGAGCCCCGGGGAAGAGGACCGGGCCGGGCCCGAGGCCACCACCAGCGGCGACCCGCAGGACCUGGACCUGAAAAAGCACAGGUGCAGGUGCUGCUCCGUCAUGUGAGCGCCCGGCCCGCGCCCCGGCCCUUGCCCUGCGUGCCCCUCCCAGCGCCCGUGCCCGUCCCGAGUGCUUCCCGCCAUCCAAGAGGGACAGGGACCCCGCCCGCCGCCACGCCCCACACGCGCCCGAGCUCUGAGCCGUGCACUUUGCACCCGGCGGGAGGGAGAGGGGGCCACCCCCACCCCGCUUUUCCAGAUCGAGGGUCCCCGCUCCGCAGAUGUGGCCACCGAGGUCUGGCCGCAGUGGCUGGUGGCCUGUGCCUUUCUGCCACCUCUCCUGGUCUCUCUUCCAGGAACCCCGGGGUCCAGGGUCCCCCCUCAGCGAAGGCACUGGCCUCGAGGGCUCUGGCGCCUGGGGACCGGGUUGGGCCGCCCUGGACACCCCGACUGCUGUGUCCCCCCACCAGGGGCCGGGUGGUGUGGGUGGAGCCGGGGCAGCUCCGGGGCCCUGAGUACCCCCAGAAGGUGUCGGUGGCUCCAGGCUGUCCCUUGGCCGGGCCUCGGUCUGUGGUCUGGAGCUGCUGCUUGUCCCCAGCUCCUAACCCACUGGGCCCCGCUUCCUCCUGGUGCUAAUUUGGGGACCCCAGAGGGGCCACCACCCCCGGCCUCUUCUCCAGCCUGGGCCCCGGGGAUCUCCCAGAAAGCAGGCCCCAGCGGCCAGCUCUGCCAGGCUGGGAUUAUUUUGGGGCAGGGAGGUCCCCUGGGGUGGCGCACAGGGACCCCCAUUUGCCACCUGGAGUGACAUUGCGGCCCCUCGCUGGAGGUGGCCCGGAGGACCCUGCCCGGGGGUGGCCGCAGGGUCCCCGCACAAGCCCCAGAUCCCUCACUCAAGGGUCAGCUCGGGUCUGGAGCCCAGGCCCGAGGGCCAGGCUCAGUGGCCACCCCAGGCCAGGCCGGGGUCACCGUCGAGGCUCCGCCCCUCCGGUGGCCGGGGGAGGGGCCCUCUCCAGGGCGACCCAGGCAGUGGCCGUGGGACCCCUCCACUUCCUCCCUUGAGUCUGCCCGAGUCCCCGAGCUGUGACCCCUCGCUGAAGUGCCCUUGCGCGCCCUCUGCUUUCCAUGUGUGAUGAGACCCCAUGUUCUUGAUUUUCCCAGAGACGCAAAUAAAAGUGUGAAGAGCC